AUGGAGCAGCAGCAGGCGGACUGCAGCACAGCUGCGAGCUGCUGCAGCACCCCGGCAGCAGCAGCAGCAGAGGCCUCUAGGGCCUCCGCUUUGCCCUCUUUCCUCCGGCGGAUGCUGCCGGACUUUCUGAGCGACAACCCUUACUUCUGCGCCGGCUUUGGCCUUGCAGGCCUGGGUGCUGCUGCCUCCCUCACCCGUGGGGCCGUGCGCGCGGCCAAGGCUUUCGCCCGCCGCCGUUUGCUAACUUCUUUGGAGGUCCCCAUAAGAGACCCUGCCUACCCUUGGGUCAUGCAGUGGCUUGUUGCGAAUCCUCCCGCUGCAGGCCGAGCAACGCACAUCAAGCUGGGUCAUCUCUACGCAGUCAGGCGAAGGCAGCAGCAGCCGCAACGGCAGCAGCAGCAGCAGCAGCAGCAGCUUGAUGUGUGUGAGUUCAGAGGGAAGUGCUCGCUGCACCUGGGAGUGGAGACAACAUACGGCAAGGACGCUGCGGGGAACGUCGAGGCCGUUUUCAACUUCGUCCCGAGUCCAGGGCAGCACUUGUUGCGGUACAAGGGGGCGCUGCUGCUGAUAGACCGGCAGCGCUCUGGAGAGGUGGUGGACUUCAGCUCCGGCUCUCCCUGGGAGACUCUGACGCUCACCACGCUUUCCCUCUACAGAGGCCGCAUCACCGAACUCCUAAACGAAGCAAGAGAAGCAGCCCUGCAGCGGGAAGAGGGGCGCACAAUCAUUUACAGAAGCACUGGCCAGGAGUGGAGGAAGUACGGGGAGCCAAAGAAGCUGCGGCCCUUCGAGUCUGUGGUGCUUGCAGGCAAGUUUGUCCAUCUCUCGGGGGGCUCCUCUCCGGGUCUUCCUGGGUUUUGUCUCCAGGCUGCAGCGCGUGCUGCUGGCGCUACUGCUGCUGCCGCUGCUGCUGCGCUGCUGGUGCAACUGCAGAAGGCGUGGCUGAGAGCACCUCAGCGGACGUGCGCCCCGUCGUGGCCUUUCCUCAGCUGCUGCUGCGCUAUUGCUGCUGCUGCUGCUGCUGCUGCAGAAGGCGUGGCUGAGAGCAUCUUGGCGGACGUGCGCCGCUUCCUGGCCUCUUCUCAGUGGUACCUACAAAGAGGCAUUCCUUACCGCCGGGGCUAUUUGCUGCACGGGCCCCCCGGCUGCGGCAAAAGCAGUUUUGUGUUGGCCUUGGCUGGGGAGUUGAAGUACAGCAUUUGUGUCCUCAACGUCGCGGACCCCCACUUGACCGACGACAGGCUCCAGUACCUCCUCGCGACAGUUCCCCCGCGCUCACUGCUGCUGCUGGAGGACAUCGAUGGAGCCAUUCGUCGCUCCGAGGCAGCAGACGGAAAGGCUGGUGCAGCAGCAGCAGCAGAUCGACCUUCCCUCACGCAGCUCUCUUUAAAUCCUUUCGGGACAAGAAGCAUCACUUUCAGUGGACUCCUAAACGCGCUUGACGGCGUGGUGGCAACGGAAGAACGCAUUAUAUUCCUGACUACAAACCACCCGGAAAGGCUGCCCAGCUCCCUCAUCCGUCCCGGGCGCGUCGACCUGAAGGUCCGCGUGGGCUUCGCCACGCCGGACCAGCUCAGGCGCCAGUUCUUCCGCUUUCUUCCGGAUGCCACGGCCGAGACUGCAGAGGAAUUUGUUUCUUUGUUAUCUCCCCUGCAAAUCAGCAUGGCGGAGCUCCAGGGCUUCUUUUUAUUCUGUAGAGACGACAGCCGCCAGGCCCUCGAAAUGGCCAAAGCCUGGAGAGAGGCGGACCAGCAAGUUGUGCAGGAAAUGCAGCUCAAGCAGCAAAGGGAAAUGCAGCAGAAAGAAGAGCAGCAGCAACAGCAGCAAAGCAGCCCCCAACACCAAGAGCGGCCGCAGGCGGCGCAGCCGCAGCAGCAAGGAAGUUCGCCAAAGAAGGCCAGCUAA